AUGAUCUACAAAGUCGUAGCCGUAGUCGGAGUCCUCGGCGUAUCACCCCGUGUCAAGUAUCAAGGAAAAGAACAGGAUGACCGUGAAGCUCGUGGCGUUGAUUAUACAAGAGCUUCUAAGAAACAUCGACGCAUUGCACCAAAUGCAUCUGCACUUGAGUCCAUUGUGCUUGGCACUGCUCGAUCGAGAGAUCGAAUGGAUGAACGGGAACGAGCACGAGCCAAGAAGAAACUCAAGGACCUCAAUGCCACAGCAAAGACAUCGGAGACUUUUACAGUUGAUAAGGCUGUAAAGAUGGAUCGAUGA